AUGGCGAUGGCGAUGGCGAUGGAGACGGCGACGGGUGGGGCAGUGGCGGUUGUGCGGCGAGGCAGGGCAGGUGCUGCAGAGACGGUGCAUGGCGAGGCGCGACAGUGGCGUCGCGGGCGAGCAUGGAGGACGCCGGAGCAGAGGACGACAGCUCCUGCCGUCGCUUCUGUCCGCGCACGCCCGCGUGCUCGCCUCCGUCCGCGCCCGCGCCGGAGCGCUGCUUUCUACGCGCGCUCGCGUGCUCGCCUCCGUCCGCGCCCUUCAGCUCGCCUCUGCCCGCCACGCCCUUCAGCUCGCCUCCGUCCGCGUCCUGCCGCGUCCCAACCGCGCCGGGAGACCGCCUCUACCUGCCGUGCUUGCCUUUGCUCACGCCCUGCCGGACGGAAAGAGAAGGGAGAGGUGAGGUGCGGCGGUGUCCUGCUGCUGCUCGCUGGUGGCUUUCCGGCCAUAGGCGCGAGGUGGGGGCUCUGUCCGGCGGUUUCCCAUGACAUCUACUACCGGAAGGCCAAGGAGGAGGGGUGGAGGGCUCGCAGCGCCUUCAAGCUCAUGCAGAUCGACCAGGAGUUCAACAUCUUCCACGGAGUGAAGCGUGCCGUUGACCUGUGCGCUGCUCCUGGGAGCUGGAGCCAGAUUUUGAGCCGCAAUUUCUUUGUAUCUACCGGCAAAGCUAUCAUCUACAUGGUGGCCGGAAUUGAUCUGCAACCGAUGGCUCCGAUAGAAGGUGUUAUACAAGUGCAGGGCGACAUCACCAAUGCUCGGGCAGGGGAAGUGGUUAUCAGGGACUUUGAUGGAUGUAAAGCAGACUUGGUUGUGUGUGAUGCUGCCCUGAUGUUACUGGACUUCAUGAUAUGGACGAGUUUGUUCAGUCUUCAGUCCUAGCUUAUAUUGGCAGUUGGUAUAAUUUUCUCUGUCUCUGCAUGUCAAUUUAGAUCAGAUAUACUUUCUGGAAGUAAUUUGCAGUAUCCAUAAGAUGCGGUGUCCAAAAAUAAUGCUACCUUAACCCUGAAGUUUAUGUUUAGCAUUCUGCCUUAAAAUGUUCACUUUCGGUGCAAUAGCUUCUUUGUAUUUUUUAUAUUGAACAUUGGACCAUUUUUACUCAACCUUUGGAUAAUUUGUUGCUGAUUAUGUUGUAGAACAACCUGGUGUAACUAUGGUUUCACUAACUUGUCAUAUUUUCCACUAUUAUCCUUCCUGCUUCCAUCUACCUUGUUGCCCCAUCUCCCCUCUACCAAAUCCCAGCCUCAUGGUGGAUUCAUCUACAUGUAGUUAAUAUCCUAGCGCUAAACCACCCAGCUGCACAUGACUUGUUAUGGACCAUUUGUUAUUCUUCAGGAAUCCAUACCUCCAGCAGUUCUCCUGGAGACCAUCCACCCGAAGUUCAUCUCUCUACCACUCGCUUUGUUCAGUACUUUUAAAUACUCUUAUCAUGUUCUUUUCAGCGGUUAGAGCCCACAACUAAGAUAUGUUUGCUUCACACUAAUGUUUGUAAUCCGCCUAUAUGGUUCCUUAUUUUAUCAUGUCCGCGUUUAUAAUUCUCUGGUGCAGCAAAGCUGACCGAUAUUAGAUGUUAACCUUUUUUUGAGCCAAAGCUUCCAGUAUUGUACUAAUUAUAUGUGCUCUUUGGUGCAGCGCUCACUGAACAUAUUGAUAUGUAAGUCAAUUUAACAAAUAACUCUUUGCUUUUUCGUGGUGGCGCAAAUACAUCAAAUUUAUCAUCACCUAGAACCGAACAUUGGAUUCUUUUUGCCUGCAUGUCAACACUACCGCAAAUGACGAUGAUACUGCAUAGUUAUCCAGUUAGUUUUGUGAGAACUAAUAUGAUAACUACUGGAACUAAUAGGAUAAACUAUAGUAGUACUGUUGCAUUGGAAUACAUGAUUCUCUGGUUGGUACUAGGCAUGAUGCUUGCAUUCAAUAUCUAGAAUCUUGCACCACAAACCAUAUGUUUGUGAUCCCUACAUAUGGUGUUCCAGUGGUGAAACCUGGAGCAUAUACUAUAUGCACAUAUAUUUUUGUUAUACAUCAGGCAUACAUUGGAUGGGCGAGCCGUACAAAUAAGAGUCAAUCUGAUUAUGGUUUAGUUACAUAUACUUUUUGUUUUCUUUUGGUGUGUAGUCAUCUCUUAUAGUGACCACAAAUUAGUACAUAUAAAUUCAAUUUUAUGAUCACGGUUAAAAUGAACAAGGUUCCUGCUCUAUGGUAUUUAUGGUUUGUGAUAUGUAACAGUGAGCUGCACUAUUUUUUUUCAUCCUAUUAGCAAAGCAUCAUUUUUGUUUUCGAGAAGAUUUGAUGAUACUGCAACUUAUAAACUUACUCCAGAAUGGACCGAUGUUAAUAAUUCUUUUGUUAGAUAUUGGUCAAUAGAUUUCAUGAUUUAACUCCCUUGAUAUUUUAAGUUGCUUCAUUUUGGGCUGCAUACAGUACAAGCUUCACUGUAUAUUCAGAUGUACAGGAUGGGAGACGUGCAUAUCAUGCUGGUUUUCUACUCUACAAUUUUGCGCAGCCAUGGUGUCAAUUUUGAACUGGCAUUAGACUGGACUGUAAGAUGUUUUAAUGCAUGUGAACAUGGCCUAAUUUAUUAAUAAAGAGAACUAUAUAUGGUA